UUUGUCUAACUUCCUCUGUUAAAGUCGAAUGUAGAAAAUAAAACCUUCAACCUUUAAACAUUUGGGUUUAAAAUCUCAGUUGAAAACGGAACACUGUGUUUUGGAUCCUACCUUCUCAUCUAACGCUCCCAAGUCUGAGACAGAGUACGUACUCUUCACAUUCCUAGCUGGAGGCGUAUAAGCCUAAAAUCACCACCACACGAAGAUAGAUGCAGAGACGUGACAACUUCAAAAUAAUGCGUAGAAGGAGGGCGUAAUCCAACCAUGAAGUAUCUCUUGUUUGCGUGCACUCUAUUCGGCGCCUUUUUAGCCUUCGUUUUGCGCACGCCUGUUCCAGAAGGGCUGGGCGAACCAUGGAAGUAUCGUCUGUUGAUUGCCACCAUGUCACUACAGGCCCUUUCGGCACGGAUAAGGGCCUAUUUCCAACCUGACAACCCGCACGCCUACAUUCAAGCAUUGAGGUCAAUCAGAGACUUAACCAAUCAACCUUCACCUUCAGAGAUCAAAGGGUCAAACAUAAGGUCAAAGGUCACGACAUUCGAUGGAGUCAGAGUACGUCUGUACGAACCCAUUAAGAAGGAAGACUCUCUUCAGCCAGCUUUGAUAUUCAUUCAUGGGGGAGGAAACGCUUUGGGGUCCCCAGAUGGAUACGACAGACUUACUAGACUUAUCGCUGAGCGUCUCAACGUGGUCGUUGUGUCAAUCGAUUAUCGUCUAUCCCCUGAGCAUCUCUUCCCUGCUGGUCACCUAGACUGUCUUCGAGCCACCUCAUGGUUCCUGCGUAACGCUGAUCAAGACUUCAGCGUGGAUACAAGCAGAGUAGCCAUUUCUGGAGACAGUGCUGGUGGCCACUUAAGCGCUACCGUGUCACAGGCAAUCCAUGACGAUCAAACCCUUCCGAAUUUAAAGCUCCAGAUCCUGAUCUACCCUGUAACCCAGAGCUUGGACCUUCUUACCCCAUCUUACCAGAAGUACGAUCAAGACUUUGGUGACGAGGGUGUUCUACCAAGGAAACGCGUAGCGGCGUUCACCAGUAUGCACCAUCUGGGGCGAUCUGACCCUCUGUACAUGCAACAGAUACUGUCCAACGAGCACAUCAUAGAAGAAUUCAGGUUGAACUCACCGUAUUUGCGUUACGUCGACCAUGACGUCAUUCCGACGGAGUUGCGCAAGGAGACUCGUCUCUAUCUACCUCCUAGACAAGGACCGGGAAACGAGUCCCUGUGGAAUCAGAUUAAAGGCACAUAUCUUGAUCCGCGCUGGUCACCUCUGCUUCGUGAAGACCUCUCAGGACUUCCUCAAGCAUUUGUUACAACAUGUGGCUUUGAUAGCAUCCGUGAUGAUGGGAUCUUCUACGCCAAACGAUUGGAGGCAGCUGGUGUAAAGACUAAAUGGAAACAUUACCCUUCGGCGUUUCAUGGUGUCAUGUUCCUUAGCAAUUUCUUUUGGUUUCAAGUGGGGGAAGAAAUGACGAAAGAUAUGGUGGAGUUUAUCCAAAAUAACAUCUAGAUAAUUCUCUUGAAUAAUUUCCUUUAGAAGUACUAUGUCCCAUUUGCAGGCCAAAAAAUAAAAAGGUUAAAUUCCAA